AUGACAUUAAUUCGUGAAGGUUACAAUUCAAGAAAGCCAAGAACUCUCAGCUCAGAACAAAUUCACUCGUUUAUAAUGCAAACCCCAGACGAACACUCUUUAGCAACCAAGGAAUAUCAUCGUGAAUUCCCAGUUCUUCUCUUUUUUCUGAAGUUAUUAAUGUACGGUUAUGCUUUUCAAAUUUUUAUUAGUUCCUUACUGUUUGAGAGCUCGAGGAAGAAGAAGAAGGGGUGUUUGAAUUUGUCGACAGAUAUGUUCGGUUUUGGAGGGGUGGAAGCAGCAUGUCUAGCUAUCUCAGUGAAUAAACUUAAAUUGAAAUCGUUGACCAAAACUGAUGAAAGAUAUCAGUUAAUAAAAGAAGCAUUAGGUGCAAUAAAAGUCAUUAAAAUGAACCUUUGGGAAGAAAGUUAUGAAAAAAAAAUUGCUAAAAUCAGAAAGGAAGAAGUUCAUCUUAUACGCAAUAUAAACAUCCUGCUCUUUCUAAAAUUGGUACUCUCUGAAUCAAUUCACAACGCAUCGUGGUAUAUACUUGUGACAGUAUCCAUAUGGUUUAAGAUCCAAUCAAAUGCCGGAACGUUAUUUCUUAUUAUGAACAGUCUAAAUGCUAUUUCUGGUGCUUUAAAGCGCAAUUUUCCAGCAGCGUUGCACGAAGUAGCUACAUUAAUUGCAGUAUUUAAACGAAUUCGACAGACACUUCAAAUUAAGAGUGAAAAAUCAUUAAACCUUGAAGACAAUAACGUUACACGAAAAAUUAAACUGAAUCUGAAAAUUUACACUACAAAUAACGAUACAUUAUUAACUUUGAGAAACUGUAACAUUGGAAGUGGAAUAACGAUAAUUACAGGACCUGUUGCGAGUGGUAAAAGCCUUCUGCUAAAAGUUAUCACAAAAGAAUACAGAAAUAUAGAAGGCGACUUAGAAGUCGUUGGGAGCAUUUCUUACGCAUCUCAAGAACCCUGGCUUUUUCCAUCGACCAUCAAACAGAACAUCUUAUUUGGAAGUAGUUACAAUGAAAAUCGUUAUUUAGAAGUUUUACGAGUUUGCGCUCUACUUGAAGAAUUACGAUUCUUAAGUGAUGGUGAUUCUGCUUUUGUAACUGACGGAGGAGCUAAUCUAAGUAAAGGCCAACAAGCUAGAAUAAAUUUAGCACGAGCUGUUUAUAAAGAACGUGAUAUAUAUUUAUUAGAUGAUUGUCUGAGUAGUUUGGAUGCGAUUGUUGCAGAUUUUGUAUUUGAACAAUGCAUUAAAACAUUUCUGAAAGACAAAAUAGUGAUCUUGGUUACUCCAUCCAUAAAGUACGUCAUGUAA